AUGUUUAAAUUGCUGUCUUAUAAUGGUCGUAGUCUUUUGAGACUGCAAAGAGUUGGUUCCGUCCGUUUGCUUUCCACUGCAACUUUGACUCCAGAAGAACGUAGUCAAUUGACUUCACAAAGAGAAGUAGAUACGGUGGAUGUUUGUAUCGUUGGUGCCGGCCCUAGUGGUCUCUCAGCUGCAAUUAGAUUGAAACAGUUAGAUCAAGAUAAUAAAAUAAGGGUUGUUGUUUUGGAAAAGGGUGCCUAUGUGGGGGCACAUAUCUUGUCGGGAGUCAUAUUGGAAACAAGAAGCUUUAAAGAAUUAAUGGGGUUUGAUUUACCUGAGAAUUUGGGUACUUUGGUCAACAAAGAAGAGUUCAAAUAUUUUUUCAAUGAUAGAGUUUCUGUUCCCUUACCGCAUCCAAGUCAACUAAAGAACAAAGGUAAGAAUUAUGUUGGGUCGUUGAGUCAAAUUACGAGUUGGUUAGGCGAAAAAGCAGAAGAAUUGGGGGUUGAAGUCUAUACCGGCAUCUCAGUUUCAGAAGUAAUUUACAAUAAAAAGGGCGAUGGUAUUUUGGGUGUUGCCACUAAGGAUUUAGGAAUAUCUAAAUUGGGGAAACCAAAGGAACAUUUUGAGAGAGGUAUGGAAUUUCAUGCAAGACAAACAAUUCUGUCUGAAGGUUGCCAUGGGUCAUUAACUAAAGAUGUAAUAAAGAAAUUCGGACUAAGAAAAGGGAAACAACCGCAAACAUAUGGACUCGGUCUCAAGGAGGUAUGGAGGGUGAAACCAGAAAAUUUUAAAAAAGGGUUUGUUACUCACACAAUGGGUUAUCCAUUAAGUAAUGAUCUUUAUGGUGGUGGAUUCCAAUAUCAUUUUGGAGAUGGUCUAGUAACAGUGGGUCUUGUUCUGGGCUUAGACUAUAAAAAUCCAUAUGUCUCACCGUAUGAAGAGUUCCAAAAAUUGAAAAAAAUACCAUAUUAUUCGAAUAUUCUUGAAGGUGGUGAAUGCCUUACCUAUGGUGCACGUGCAUUGAAUGAAGGUGGGUUACAAUCUAUUCCAAAACUAAAUUUCCCAGGUGGUGUCUUGGUGGGUGCAACAGCAGGUUUUAUGAAUGUACCCAAGAUAAAGGGAACACACACUGCCAUGAAGACAGGUAUGUUAGCAGCCGAGAAAAUAUAUGAAAAUAUUUCCAAGUUACAACAACUUCCCGAGGCAUCAGUUGACAUGAACCCCUCAGAAAGUCUUAUUAAAGAUCCAUUGAUUAACCUAGAGUCAUAUGAAGAGGCCUUCAAGAAGUCUUGGGUUUAUGAUGAGCUGUAUGAAGUACGUAAUCUAAGACCUGCAUUUAAUACUCCAUUAGGAGGGUAUGGUGGGAUGGUUUACUCUGGUCUGGAUUCAAUGAUUUUGCGGGGACGUAUGCCAUGGACUUUCAAGAAUAAUAAAUCAGAUGCUCUGAAGACAGAGUUUGCUUCGAAGUAUAAACCUAUUAAAUACCCAAAACAUGAUGGCAAGAUUACAUUUGAUAUAAUGACAUCUGUUUCAAGAACCGGUACUUAUCACGAUGAGGAUGAGGAGUCACAUUUAAGGUUAACUAAAACACAGGACGAAAUCAGUCAUGCAGUCAAUUCAUACCCAAAAUGGAAAGGGGUAGAGGAAAGAUUUUGUCCUGCUGGGGUGUAUGAAUACGUAAAAGAGGAAAAUUCUCCAGUGGGUGUCAAGUUUAAGAUAAAUUCUCAGAAUUGUAUACACUGCAAAACCUGUGAUAUUAAGACACCUCUUCAAGAUAUCGAUUGGGAGGUGCCAGAAGGUGGUGAUGGUCCUAAGUAUACGAACACAUAG